AACUUUGACCACUUCCAGAUACUCCGAGCAAUUGGGAAGGGAAGCUUUGGCAAGGUGUGUAUUGUGCAGAAGAGAGACACUGAGAAGAUGUAUGCCAUGAAGUACAUGAACAAACAGCAAUGCAUUGAAAGAGAUGAAGUUCGAAAUGUGUUUAGGGAACUAGAGAUCCUGCAGGAAAUUGAACACGUAUUCUUGGUGAAUCUCUGGUACUCAUUUCAGGAUGAAGAGGACAUGUUUAUGGUAGUAGAUUUACUCCUAGGUGGCGAUCUACGAUAUCAUCUUCAGCAAAAUGUUCAGUUUACAGAGGAAACAGUGAAACUUUAUAUCUGCGAGAUGGCACUAGCUCUAGAUUAUUUACGAAGUCAGCAUAUUAUUCACAGAGAUGUAAAACCAGACAACAUUCUCCUUGAUGAACAAGGUCAUGCACAUCUAACAGAUUUUAAUAUUGCAACAAUAAUCAGAGAUGGUGAAAGAGCAACUGCGUUAGCUGGAACCAAGCCAUAUAUGGCUCCAGAGAUUUUUCACUCCUUUGUGAAUGGUGGGACAGGCUACUCCUUUGAAGUUGAUUGGUGGUCAUUGGGAGUGAUGGCAUAUGAACUUCUUCGUGGAUGGAGGCCCUAUGACAUCCACUCCAGUAACCCUGUAGAGUCUUUAAUUCAACUCUUCAGUACUGUGAGUGUUCAGUAUACGGCAACAUGGUCAAAGGAAAUGAUUGCUUUAUUAAGAAAGCUGUUGACAGUGAACCCGGAGCAUCGGUUUUCCAGUCUAACGGACAUCCAGACCUCAUCCUACUUAUCCAGUGUCAUCUGGGAUGAUGUCUGUGAGAAGAAGAUGGAGGCUGGCUUUGUUCCUAAUAAAGGCCGUCUGCAUUGUGAUCCCACCUUUGAGCUGGAAGAGAUGAUCCUGGAGUCAAGACCCCUGCAUAAAAAGAAAAAAAGACUUGCAAAGAACAAGUCCAGGGAUAACAGCAAGGACAGCUCGCAGUCAGAAAAUGACUAUCUUCAGGAAUGCCUUGAAGCUAUCCAGCAAGACUUUGUCAUUUUUAACAGAGAGAAGCUGAAGAAGAGUCAAGAACAGAUGAAUGAGUCUGUUUCUCCUCCUGAAACUACUGAUGAAGCUGAGACAGAAGCUGAAUCUGAGAAUUCCAAUUUAAAUAUGUGCAGCUCAGUAUGCUCUUCUACAGGCAGCAGCUAGGACUACAGCUUCAAGGCAAAGGGCCAAAAGUCCGUGCAUCUCUUAAAUAAAUCAUUCUCAGGUUGCAUUGAUUACUAUGUGCUGUAUGCCGAGUACUUCAAUUGAAAAAAAGUCACAGAAUCAAUAUCCUAAAGCUGUAGCAGAGCAGAUAGUUCUUUAAGAACUGAAUUCAUGGGUUAAACUGAUUGCCAGUUCUGAACACUGGGUACUUACUAUGGGGAAAGAUAUGUGCUAUGCAACACCUUGGAAAAAAAGUUCAAUUUCUUUCUUGUUUCUUUUUUAAUGGCAGAUCACUGACUCAGUUGUCGAGUAGUAAGAUAACAUCCCAGAUCCUUGGAUACAAAUCAAGGAACAUGUGGUGCAAGAGUGUGUGUGUGUGUGUGUGUGUGUGUGUGUGUGUGUAAGGGAAGGAUUGCAGAGAUCAUGCAAAUUUCACAUUUGCAGUCCCACAGUGCAAAGACUUCAGUAUAUAGAACUGGUCCCUUGUGUAAAUUAGAGCAGUCCAAGGGCUUCUCUAAUUUAUGACAAGUGUAAACAGCCUCAAGAGAUUGAAGAGCAGAGGAUCACGCAGGAUAAGUCACAUCCCUGUUCCUUAGCCUUAUGCAGAAGCAUACUGCCAACUCACUACAACCGCAUCCUUCUGGGGCUGGACAUUAGUUUUACAAACAGGGUCUGUUAACAGUGUGAAACAAAGCAGCAGCACAAGACCAGGGAAUCUGGCCUCAAAUAUUUGAUCUAUUCUUGUGGAGAUGGACAACUGCAAGCAAAGGAAUUAGAAACAACAAAGAUUUUCUCAACUCAUUGAGGUUAGUAGGGCAUACCUUGUAUUGGACUUACAGUUUUACUGGAGCCAUAUAAUGCUGCUCAGUUAUGGAUGAAAGAGGGGGAUAUGUUUAACCCUUCUCUUUAUUUUAUUCUAAGUGUAAAGUAAAAGUACUGUACAUAAACUACUGGGACCUGUCUUAGCUUCUCAUUAAGACAGGCGUUCUUUUAAUUUUUCUCCAGCUGUGGAUAUUGCCUUUCUCAUUGUUCCAGAAGCCUUUUCUAUGUUAGUGGCUUAAUCUACUACAGAGUGGCUUUAGGUUGCUAUUACUGUAAUAGUACCAAAUCAGUUCUAUUAUAUCCUGCAAUUAUUGUGGUGUACAUAGUUCUCAUAGCUGCAUUGACCUAUCCAAAUCAAUUUGUUACCAGACAUUAAAAGAGGUUGCCAAGUUUGCAUCACUGUUGCAUAUUCAUGGAGCAAAAUGGGUGUAGAAUGUUUUUAACAGAUAUUGACUCUUUCAAGGCAAUUUCUGCUGUCUCACUGUAUAGUUUUAAAUUUCCAUGAAUGAAAUACAAAAGGUAUAGCCAGUAUAGAGCAAUUUUAUAUGUUAGAUGACAAGACAUACUUACCUUCCCACAGUUUUAUGUGGAAAUUAGUAAGUGCUAAAAAUUGUGCAGAACCAAAUUUUCAUAAAAAUCUUGAAAAAUGAGUUCAAGUGUGCAGGCACAACUUGUAGGGAAAAAAGCCAAAGCUUUUAUACCAGUUGCACAGUUAUUUUUAGGAUGCAGCCAGGUAAAUGGCUUGUCCUGUUAGUAAAUAAACUGUAGAAGAUGAUAGUUCUUGCUAGAGUUGUGAACAUCCACAUUCCAUCAUACACAGAACAAAUCAGAGCUGGGAGAGCUUGAAUAGGCCCUUACUCUGGAGCCAGCUCUUUACAGAUAAUGAACACUGACCAACUAUGUUAAUGUUCCUAGAUCUUACUAUCCACUAUCCCUGCUCUAACAACAGACUGAAGUAGGGAAUUGGCAUAAGUCUAAAUAAAUACCUCCCUCCUCCCUACAGCUGCAGAAGAACACUUACAUCCCUAGCUUUGAGUCACAAACUUCAUUAAAACAAAGGAGAGUUUCCUUUUCCUCCUGCCUUUGAGAAACAUGAAAAUGAGUUCAAAGGCUCAUAAUGUUGUCUUAGAUCCAAGCCAUAGUUUGCUUUAGUCUCUCUCGGUUUCCCUCUGAUUCUUCCCAGGGAAAGGGAAAAAUAAGAUAGAACAUUUUUAGAGAAUCAAACCCAACAAUAAUCAGCCCUCCCUUUACAAAAUAGCAUCUCUUGACUCAUCCCCAUUCAGACCACUGAAUCAAAAUGCUCCUCACUUGUAGUACUGGAGAUGUACUACUUCUUGCAUUUGAAUAAAAAAAUCUGAUAAACUCUGAUGUAAAUAGAUGUGAACAUGCCUCUCAACCUGCCAAGAUUCAAAUGGGGAACACAUGGAACAAAGAUGCAAAAUGAAAGACACAAAAUUGUCUGUGAAGGAAACAAACAUUUUGAGAUUUAUUCUGUUGGUAUAAGUGGCUUUUUCAGAAGCCUCAGUUUCCCUCCUCUUUAUUGCUCAUGUAAAUAAUUUUCAACAAUAAAAGUGAUGGGACAUUAAAAUUGUGAGGAACAUGGGUCAUGCUGAGACUAGAUGAGUUACUUGUGAGAUGUGGAUGCACUCCUAACAAGUGAAUGUCAGCAACCUCUCAGUUCAAGAGGAUCUCUGUCAGUCUCAUCAGAAUGUAUGUAAUAGAAAAUGCAGUCUAACAUUCACUGCUGUAUUUGGGGCAUGAUGUCAAUAGUGCCUGAAGUCCAAGUUGCAGUGAAUAGGGAUGAAAUGUUUGUUUCUCGGUUCAUUUUUCCUUGUCUGUUGUUCAUUUACUUCCUCUUUUUGUCGCUUACUUUGCCAUACUAAUUCAGCAGAAUGUCCUCAGCAGUACUGAACAUAGACCAGCAAAGCUAAAUGAGGGCAUCUCAUUAUCAAGGCUUCUAGGAUCAAAUCAUUAGGGGCCAAAUCUGGCUGCUUGAAGGCACUACUGAAGUGCAAGAUAUUAUUUCCUAAGGAAACAAGAUUUGGAAAACUUGUUCACACAUGAUUUCUGCCUCACCUACCUGUAUUUCUACGUCUUAAUCUAUAAGAAGCAAACAACAACAUGACAACAAGAGACUUUUAGAAUCAUUGUACUGUGCAUUAGAAACACCAGGAGUACAAUAUAAUUCAAGUACUCAUUUUCAUCUUAAAUAAUGCAUGCAAAUGUACCUCACUAAUACCAAUCUGGGGAAUAGGUUUUAUUGAUGCCUAUUUAUGCAUAUUCCCCAGAGAAGAGAUAACAAGAAUAUGGUAACUGUACAAAGACAAAUGGUAAGACAUGGAUGAAGAUUUGCUUUAUUGUUAAAGAAAAAAAGAUGGGUUUCUUAAUAUAAUGGGCCAAAUUCAUCAGUGAUGUAACUCCAUUGAAUGUGGCUGUUUUAUAUUUGUGUGUUUAUAUUUGCUUUAGGAGAAAAUGUGUGAAAGGAUGUUAGACUUUAUGCACUUCAGCAUACUGUACCAGUUCUCCUCUCUGAUGUUUAUGGGGUACACAGCGUUUGAGGUGUGGUAGGCUUUAUAAUAAAUAUAUUGUGAAAAUUUCAAUGUUGCCUCUUUACUUGACUAGGCUGCGUUGUCCUGGUUCCUAUGUUCCUUUGAUGAGUCUUUGAUUCAAACUGUGGACAAAGUGAGCAUGACCCAAUGCCCAUUAAAAUCUGAGUCCUUUUACUAAUUUUAUUGGGCAUUAGAUCAGACCUUGUUUGUCUCAGUUUAUUUCAUUCAUGUCCUGUGCAAAACUGUAUUUGAUACAUAUAAAACUUUUGAGGGCAAUAGGAUUUUUUCUCUGUUCACCUAUUUCAUUCACGCCAUUUUCCUAACAUUACCAUUUACCGAGUUUUAUUUCUUUGGGGUUUAGGAGUUUAAUGCACAGUCUGUGAUUUGGUAAAUUUCCAUAUUUUUUAAGUUUAAAGUUGUCUCUUAUUUCUGGCAUAGACCCACAAUGUGUACAAGCAAGUAGGAGAAGAAUACAGACUCCCAGUUCUGGCAGCCAGCAAAUGUUUACUACCUUGAGACACUGAAGUCAUAUAUUCUAACCCUAAUGCUAGAAGAAAUGAUUCUUAGACCUACUGGGGUACUAGGAAAAUGGAGAUAACAUGUUUUACACAUGUGUUCUAGGAUCUCUGUGGUGUAAGAAGAUUUAACAUCUGUAACUGUGUGGUUAUAGCACAAUCCUGAAUUUCUUAAAUCUCAUUAAAAAUCCACUGAAGUCGGUGUGAAUUUUGGAGUACAGGAAAGAGGAGAUAAACAGUAAGUGAACAGUAAAAGCCUACUACUGGAAACACUCUUAACAUGGAACUUUAUUUGAAAUAAAGUAUGAAACAAAGUAUACCACACACAUCUGAUUAUACUAGUAACAAAAAUAAAAUUAAACAUCUACUUUGCUCAAUCCAAAGUGUGAAACAAAUGACUUCAAGCAAUUUUAAAGCUCAAUUUUAAUUUGUUAAUGAGUUUGUUCCUGUUUUAAAAAGCAGUGUUGGUUUGAUUAUUUAUUAACUAUUUCUCUUUUUACAGUAGGUCUCAUCAUUUUUGAGCCUGAUCCUGCAUUUAGUCCACAAUUCACGGUGAAUUUCAUGGAGGACAAUAGUUAUAAAUCUUCAUAGUGUAGGGCUUGACAUAAAUUAAUGACAAAUUUUGCUGUUUUUUAUUCCUGAGUACCACAGUACUGAACUUGACCUGCCAAAAAAAAAUAAUUCAAAUAUUGUCUGUAUUAAUAAUUCUCUGUAGAAUGGUUUUCUACAAUGUCUUUUUGGUUUUCCACAGCUAUUUCCCUUGUAAUGUCAUUUGUAGUCUGUUACUCUCAAGUCCUUGCUAUAAUAUAAAUAACACUUUUUUCCUUGUUACAUUACAAAUUUCUGAAAAUAUUAAAAAAAAAACCCCUUUCAUUGAACUUACCUGACUUCACUGGGGAUUUUGCACAUGAAAGGAAUGCAGGACCAGGCCUUAAUGGUUCCUUUGUUACCAAUUACUUAUUGGUCUAUUCCUUGCCACAGAGUAAACAAAGGUAAUAAAAUAAAAGGUAGAAACAUGUAUGACAAACUUGAUUUAGGACAGUGCUGAAAUCCUGCUGCCUUGCAGGUUACUUUAAAAAAAUCAUACCAGUAUAAAUCAGAUCUGUAAGUAUAUCCUUGUAUUCUAUGUUAAUACAUUUCUGUAAUUUUUAUUGCAUGAAAAGAGAACCAUAUUAUACAAAAAAGAAUAUAAGUUAUGGCAAUAUAUUUGUGUUUUUGCAGAUACUGCCAAGAAGCCAUUGCAUUUGUGGCGUAAUAAAUGUGUAUUUUUAAAAUA